AUGGCAAAAGUUUUGCGGCAAACAGAUAUCAUUUUAUUGGAUGAAUAUACGUUGACACAUAAAAAAUCCCUAGAAGCACUUGAUCGGACAUUGAAAGAUAUACGUGGCAAUGCUGGUGGUGCAUUAAUUUUGUUGUCCGGCGAUUUUCGCCAAACAUUACCAGUGAUUCCAAGAUCAACACCGGCGGAUGAGAUCAACGCAUGCUUAAAGUCAUCGAUUUUGUGGCGACAUGUUCAAACUAUGACACUGAAUAUUAACAUGCGUGUUCAGUUGAACAAUGAUMCAUCUGCAUAUCACUUUUCAAAACAAUUGUUGGACAUCGGCAAUGGUAAAAUUCAAAGCACCAACGGAUUUAUAACGUUGCCAAACAAUUGUUGCACCAUUGUUGAAUCUCAUGAUGAACUAAUUGAUUGCGUCUUUCCAAACAUUGUUGGAAAUAUUAUGAAUCAUACUUGGUUAAGAGAACGCGCAAUACUGGCACCAAAAAUGUUAAUGUAA